GUCCGCUAUCACGAGAUCCACCAGCAUCAGAAACCGGAAGGGAAUGGCUAACUAAAAAACGAUGAUGCGAGUACAAUAAAAGGGACGAUAUUGAAACUAGUGGUGUGCCAAAUCACAGAUUAUAGUUUUUUUUCCUUGUGAAUACGUGUUUUACUCAAUUCCGUAUGUUCCCGACAUGGCAAAAACUCCGUGGAUUAUUAUUUUAUCAGUCAUUCUCCGGUCAUCUCAGGUGAUCUGUCAAGAGGCGAUCUUGCACAUCUCAAAUGGAGACACAGAUAAAGAAUACUGCCUGGUCUACAACUCCCUAUGGACCAACCUGUCACUCUCACUCAGCGCUGCUACUGCGUAUCCCCUGGUGAACUUGUCGUCCAGGCUACUGUGUAGCUCUGCAGGGGUGAGCCCAGCCAUAGUGACAGGCAAGGCGGUGGUGGUCAUGAGAGGGGGGUGUAACUUCAGCCAGAAGGCUGAGAUAGCCCAAGACCUGGGGGCUGCCGCUCUGAUCGUUGCCAGCACUAAACCUAUGAGUCCCCCGGGAGCCAAUGUGACAGAGUAUGAGAAGGUCCAGAUUCCGCUGGCUCUGAUGAGAUACAUGGACUUCCUGGAUGCACAGAAUGUGUUUGGUGAGGAGAUGCAGGUUAGGCUGUAUGCCCCGGCGGUGCCUGUGUUUGAUGCCAGCAUUGUGGUCAUGCUUCUCAUAGGAGUGGUGACUGUUGCUCUGGGAGGCUACUGGAGCGGAGCCUGUGAGAGAGAGAGGCUGAGUGCGUCUCGAGAAGGAGGAGGAGGAGGAGGGGAGAAGAGUGACAGUGGGGACUUGGCUCUGUACUCUCCCCUAAAGGUGGUCAUUUUUGUAGGUCUGAUGUGUCUGAUGCUGGUACUCAUGUACUUCUUCUACAAGUACCUGGUGUAUGCAAUCAUCGCCAUAUUCUGCUUAGCGUCAGCCACUGCCCUCUUCAGCUGUCUGGACGCCCUGUUGGACCUGGCCAAGUGUAGCCCCAUGAGUGUGACGGUCCUGGGUGGGAGUGUAUCUGUGAGGUCGGUGCUGCUGUCUGCUGUGUGUGUCACUGUAGCCGUGGUCUGGGGAGUCUACAGGAACGAGGACAGGUGGAUCUGGAUCCUGCAGGACCUCCUGGGUGUGGCCUUCUGUCUCAACUUCCUGAAGACCAUCUCACUGUCCAACUUCAAGAUCUGUGUGAUCCUGUUGAGUCUGCUGCUGUUGUAUGAUGUGUUCUUUGUCUUCAUCACUCCUCUGUUCAUGCCGAAUGGAGAGAGCAUCAUGGUCCAAGUGGCCCUGGGUCCAGAUGCAGCAGGAGAGAAGGGUAACACAGUGGAGGUGGCAGCCGAACCCUCGACUCCAUAUGAGAAACUCCCGGUAGUGAUGCGUGUUCCACGGUUCUCUGCGUGGACACAGAACCUUUGUGGCAUGCAGUUCUCCAUCCUGGGCUAUGGGGACAUCAUCGUACCAGGUCUUCUUGUGGCCUAUUGCAGCAGGUUUGAUGUGUGGGUCAACAGCUCCAAGAAGAUCUACCUUUUCUGCUGCUGCAUAGCCUAUCUGUGUGGUAUGGUUUUGACGUUUGCGGUGAUGUUGGUGACUAAGAUGGGGCAGCCAGCCCUGCUCUACCUGGUUCCAUUCACCCUGCUAGGAUCUACACUGUUGGCCUGGAGGAGAGGGGAGAUGAGGCAGUUCUGGAACGGGACCACAUACGAGGUGUUGGACUCCACCAGGGAACCCUUACUGCCAGGUGUGCUUUCACCCCCUGACCUCUAACCCCUGAGGCCAAUGGAACACCUGACUCUGGCAGCGGAGGAAGAAAGUGCUGACUACAGCUGAUCUAUGAGCCAACUAACAAACCAAUCGCAGGGGCUCUUUUCUACUCUACUCUUCAAAUCAAGCAUCUAGUUUAUCAUCCAUGGGAUGCAAGGGAAAUACUAUAGCUAGUCUAUCAAUCAAUAAGGAUUUAUACUGGGGAGGGGUAAGGGGUUAGGGGUAUGGGUUGUACAGUGUGGGUCUCUGUUGAUUGGACAGUGAGACAGUUUAAUUUGAGAGGCUUACUAGUGGCUAAGAAUGCAGUGGCUAUAAUAUUAAAAUGAUGCCUAAACUGUGUUGCCUUGGUAAACGAUGCAAGUGAUUUAUUGAGAAAGUACUUUAAUACUCAUGUUGGCAGGUAUUGGGGGAUUUUAACUUUAAAGUUAGACUGUAGGUGAAGAUAGAUUUUUUUGUUUUCUUCGAUAACAGCUGUUCUGGGGUUUUCUGUAUAACUUGUUUGUUUUAUUGAGAAACAUAAUCUUUGAUUGCUUUUGUUGCCUUAAAUUAGUCCAAUCUGA